GAUCAUAAAAGUUAGCGCGAGCAGCAGGACUGAACAGAGGUUCUCGGGUCAACAGUGAUUGGACGGAACUUCCGCGCGCGGUUUUUCCCUCAGUUUAGACUUUAUUUUAAUCUGUUUAACAGAAAUAAACAUCAGGAGACAUGCAGGCAUCCCAGAUCCGCCAGAACUACCACUAUGACUGCGAGGCUGCGGUCAACAGGAUGGUGAACCUGGAGCUGAGCGCAUCCUACACCUACACCUCACUGGCCUUCUACUUCUGUCGGGAUGAUGUAGCCCUAGAAGGUUUCUCCCAUUUCUUCAAGGAGAACUGUCACCGUGAGCAUGCAGAGAAGUUUAUGGAGUUCCAGAACAAAAGAGGUGGACGUAUCUUCCUCCAGGAUAUUAAGAAACCUGAACGUAAUGAGUGGGGAACAGGACUGGAGGCCAUGCAGUUUGCUCUGCAGUUGGAGAAGAAGGUUAACCAGGCUCUGCUGGACCUGCACAAGAUUGCUACUGACAAGGAAGACCCUCAUCUGUGUGACUUCCUGGAGUCUCACUACCUGAAGAAACAGGUGGAGCUCAUCAAGAAGCUGGGUGAUCACAUCACCAAUCUCACCAAGAUGGACGCCUCCAACAACAAGAUGGCCGAAUACCUGUUCGACAAGCACACCCUGGAGAGCUAAACUAAAUAUUCAUAUUUACAAAUUCUAUUAUGAAAUCCACCUGAAAUAAUUGAAUAUGCAAAAUUAAAUGAAAAAGAUGAAGAGAAGUUGAAAUGUGGGGCAGAUUUACUUUGUGAUUGUCUUGUCAAACUUUAUAGCACUGCAGGACACUGUGGUGGUAUCAUAGUCAUAAUAUGCAGGUUUAAACCUAAAAGAAUCUGACAAAUAAACAUUCUGAGGUGGA